AUGGCUCUCCACCGGCCCCUCGCCCGCACUACCCUCCUCCUCUCCAAACCCGCCCUCCCCGCCUGCCAGAGACGCCAAUAUGCACAGCAAUACAACCAAGACAUUGUCAUCACUCGAACCGGUAAGCCCAUCCUGCGCGUGGCGGGCGGCCGGAGCAGUCUCGGCGGUCACACUGCCACCGUCUUCGGAGCAACGGGUAUGCUAGGCCGGUACAUUGUGAACCGUCUCGCUCGCUCCGGAAACACCGUUGUCAUUCCCUACCGGGAGGAAAUGGCAAAACGCCAUCUCAAAGUCUCCGGCGACCUCGGCCGCGUGGUCUUCUUGGAGGCGGAUCUCCGCAACACCGACAGCAUCGAGGAGAGCGUGCGGCACUCGGACAUUGUCUACAACCUCAUCGGCCGCGACUACCCCACCAAGAACUUCGACUUUGAAUCUGUGCACGUCGAGGGCACGCGGCGCAUCGCCGCCGCCGUAGCGAAGUACGACAUCGACCGCUUCAUCCAAGUCUCCUCCCACUCCGUCCACCCGGAGUCGCCGUCCGAGUUCUUCCGCACCAAGUGGCAAGGCGAGCAAGUCGCGCGGGAAAUCUUCCCGGAAACGACCAUCGUGCGCCCGGCGCCCAUGUUCGGCUUCGAGGACCAGCUGCUCCAUCGCCUCGCGUCGGUCUCCAACCUCUUCACCAGCAACUGGAUGCAAGAGCGCUUCUGGCCCGUGCACGUCGUCGACGUCGGCGCCGCGCUAGAGCAAAUCGGCACCGACGACACCACCGCCGGGCAGACGUUCGAGCUCUACGGGCCGAAGAACUACAGCCUAAAGGAAAUCUCGGAGCUCGUGGACCGCGAGAUUAUGAAGAAGCGACGCCACAUCAACUUGCCCAAGAUCGUGGCCGCCAACGCACAGGAAGUGCUCAAUAAGCUCCUGUGGUUCCCGGUCGGAUGCAAGGAUCAAGUGGAGCGGGAAUUCCUCGACCAGUUCAUCGACAAAAACGCAAAAACUUUCGCCGACCUGGGCAUGGAAGCGGGAGAGAUUUCCAACUUUACCUUCAAAUACCUCCAAAUGUACCGCAGCAGCUCGUACUUCGACCUGCCGCCCAUGACGGAGAAGGAGAAGCGCGAGGAGAAGAAAUAUCUGCAUGUAUUGGACGACCAAUAG